GUCACUUCCGGCUGAAACGCUCAGCCUCAAAUGUUUAGUAUUCACGAAACGGACGUAGUAGUUGUUCCCGCAAACGCGAAGUGUGCAUUACGCGACAGAGGAUUGAGAACAAUCCUACUUUGGUUCGCAAUGUCCGACUCGACCCACCACUGCUUCAGGGUCAACGAUUCUAUACGCGUACGUCGUAACAACGCUUAUACGAUGUUCAUAGUAUAACAGGCGUGAUGUGCAUUUUUUUUUCUUAGUUAACUAGGAUACCGACCUCUUACAUUCGUUUUAUUGUGCUCUUUAUCCCUAUAUCUUCGUUGUCACUCGUUUUUACCAUCAUCAUGGUGGCCUUCAAUUCCAUUAUCGCAUUCUCGGCUUUCGGUCUGGGUGUGCUGGCACACCCGACCAUCAAGCAUAUCGACCGACGCUUUUGUUCGCUCGAACAACGCAACAUCUUCGCUCGCUCGCAAGAUCCGACUUCGCCCGCACCAAUCCCCAAAGCGACGACAUGGAACCCGCCUUCCGACAUGGUCACCGGCCUAGACCAAGUAUGGAAGCAAACCAUGAAGGAGAACCCUCAAGGUCUUCAAGACAAGAACUGGAUCAUCGAUCAAAUGAUGGCCAACAACGGGAGUAUCAACUACUGCGUUCGCUGGAACCACUCGGGCAAAAGCACUGCUAGUGCGCGCGCGUCCACCGUCGAAGCUUUGCAGCGCUCGAUGCACAAGUGGUUUGACGUACUCGUCGGUUUCGAAGGGUUUCCACUUACUGAACUCAAUGUCGACGUUGUCGGCUAUGCUGUCAAGGACAAGAACCUCAUCGAAGGUGAUGUUGCUGAUCUAGACAUCUACACCACUACCGAUGGUGACGGCGUACCCGAGUGCGAUCCUCGCUGCUAUCGCGCCGCUCAUUUGGAUGGCGACAUGAGCCAAUGCCCCGGUGGCGACGCCAGCCGCUACGACAUCAGCCUAUGGCUUGACAAGAGUCUUGAGGGCCAAAUGGGAGGCUAUGGAUAUAACUGGGGAGAGGAGAUUGGUCCGGAUUACUUCCUGAACAAUAUUGACCAGGACAAUAUUCACAUCUUGCUCCACGAAAUGGGGCACGGCUUCGGUCUUCUAGACUUCUACGAUUGGGUGCCUCAGGGCCAGACCAACUUCAUCAUGAUGGCCGGUAGCGCCAUGGAGAUUACGGAGUUCGACGCUUGGAUGCUGAGGGAUUGGUGGAGGAAGUUGAAGGCGGAGCGCAAGUGGUAGGCUACUAUGUUCGUGGAAGUAGCAGUACCUCGCGCAUGGCUAGAUCUUUGGACUCCUUCAGUGUACUGAUGACUGGGGUAUAGUAAGAAGCUUUGAUUUCG